AUCUGUUCAGGCUGUGAUCAAUUGAUAUUUGAGAAAUAUAUACGAUGGAUGAGACUUUAAUUGCUACCAUUAAUAAAUUGCAGGAUGCAUUGGCUCCAUUAGGUGGAGGAUCAUCUUCCCCAGUUGAUUUACCACAAAUUACUGUGGUCGGUUCACAAUCUUCUGGUAAAUCUUCAGUUUUAGAAAAUAUUGUUGGAAGAGACUUUUUACCUAGAGGUACUGGUAUUGUCACUAGAAGACCUUUAGUUUUACAAUUGAUUAAUAGAAGAGCUGGUCAUUCCAACAAUGAUCUUAUCAAUAUCAACUCCACUAAAGAAAAUGGGGAAGUUUCGGAAAAUAAUGCUGAUGAAUGGGGUGAAUUUUUGCAUUUACCUAAUAAGAAGUUUUACAAUUUCGAAGAAAUUAGAAAUGAAAUCGUUCGUGAAACUGAUGCUAAGACCGGUAAGAACUUAGGUAUUUCUCCUGUUCCUAUCAAUUUAAGAAUUUACUCCCCACACGUUUUAACCUUAACUUUAGUUGAUUUGCCAGGUUUAACUAAAGUUCCGGUAGGGGAUCAACCCAAGGAUAUUGAAAGACAGAUUAGAGAUAUGAUUAUGAAGUUUAUCUCCAAGCCAAAUGCAAUUGUUUUAUCUGUUAAUGCAGCAAAUACUGAUUUGGCAAAUUCUGAUGGGUUAAAAUUAGCUAGAGAAGUUGAUCCUGAAGGUGCUAGAACAAUUGGGGUUUUAACUAAAGUUGAUUUGAUGGAUGAAGGUACCGAUGUUAUUGAUAUUCUUGCUGGUAGAGUUAUUCCCUUAAGAUUUGGUUACGUUCCAGUUAUUAAUCGUGGUCAAAAGGAUAUUGAAUCCAACAAAACUAUUAGAGAAGCAUUGAAGGAUGAACGUCAAUUUUUUGAAAAUCAUCCAAGUUAUCGUGCAAAGGCUCAAUUUUGUGGUACUCCAUAUUUAGCCAAGAAGUUGAAUGGUAUUUUAUUACACCAUAUUAAGGGUACUUUGCCUGAUAUUAAGAUGAGAAUUGAACAUUCUUUAAAGAAAUAUCAACAGGAAUUGACUCUUUUGGGUCCAGAAAUGGCUGAAUCACCAGCUUCAAUUGCUUUGAGUAUGAUCACCCAAUUUACCAAGGAUUAUAAUGGAAUUUUAGAUGGUGAAUCCAAGGAAUUAAGUUCACAAGAAUUAAGUGGUGGUGCUCGUAUUUCAUUUGUUUUCCAUGAAAUUUUCAAGAAUGGUAUAAAUGCAUUGGAUCCAUUUGAUCAAAUUAAAGAUGCGGAUAUUAGAACAAUUAUGCAUAAUACUUCUGGUUCUGCUCCUUCCUUAUUUGUUGGAACCCAAGCAUUUGAAGUUUUAGUUAAACAACAAAUUAGAAGAAUGGAAGAACCUUCCAUAAGAUGUAUAAAUUUAAUUUUUGAUGAAUUGGUUAGAAUUUUAUCCCAAAUUAUCAGUCAACCUCAAUAUUCAAGAUACCCUGCAUUAAAAGAAUUAUUAUCACAACAAUUUAUUCAAUUUUUAAGAGAUGAAUUAGUUCCAACCAACAAUUUUGUUGUUGAUAUUAUUAAGUCCGAAGAAACUUAUGUCAAUACUGCCCAUCCUGAUUUAUUAAAAGGGUCACAAGCAAUGCAAAUUGUAGAGGAAAAAUUCCACCCUCAACCACAAGUUCCAGUUGAUCCAAAAACUGGUAAACCAUUACCACCAACUCAAGCACAAAAACAGCAGCAACAACAUCCUCAAGAGCAAAAAGAUGAUAAUCCGAAUGGAUUCUUUGGUGGGUUUUUCUCUUCCAAAAAUAAGAAAAGAUUACAAUCAAUGGAAGCCCCUCCUCCAGUAUUAAGAGCCACGGGAACCAUGACUGAACGAGAAACCAUGGAAACUGAAGUUAUUAAGUUGUUAAUUUCUUCCUAUUAUAAUAUUGUUAAGCGAACCGUCGCUGAUAUUGUUCCAAAGGCUAUUAUGUUGAAAUUGAUUGUUAGAUCUAAAGAUGAAAUUCAAAAGGAAUUAUUGCAAAAGAUGUAUAGUCAUCCUGACUUGGAAGAUUUGGUUAAGGAGAAUGAAAUGACUAUUCAAAAGAGAAAGGAAUGUUUACGUAUGGUUGAAGUUUUGAAGAAUGCCAGUGAGAUUGUAUCUAGUGUUUGAGUGAUAGAGUGGUAAGAUAGAAAUUUAACUUCAUUUGUUUUGUUGGUUGAUCUAUAUAUAUAUGUUUUUUAAUAAUAAUAAUAGUAGUAGUAGUAGUAUCGUUUAGAAAAAAAAAGAAAACCCAAAAAAAAAGACUAUAAUUUAAAGACAAUAAAAACUAAAAAGAAAAAAAAUUCAAUAUUUCAAUGGUAGCUCCUGCUUAUUUUCAAGACACUUACGUUGAUCAUGAAUUAUCUGCUAAUUUAGAUUCAACUUUUGCUUUCGAAGGUCCAGAAAAACUUUUAGAAAUUUGGUUUUGGCCUUCUGAAACUCAAUUACCUAAGGACAUUCCUGCUGAUGGUAUUAGAAGUAUUCCCUUGGAAUCCUGGGUUAAAUUAUUAGAUUUGGUUAAUUGCAAAAUUUUAUCAAUGAAAUCUUCUAAGUUUAUGGAUGCUUAUUUAUUAAGUGAAAGUUCAUUGUUUGUAUUUCCUCACAAGUUAAUUCUCAAAACUUGUGGUACAACGACUACUUUAGCCUGUUUGGAUGAGUUAUUCGAAACCGUCAGAGAAAAAAUGAAUCUUUUGUUAUCAAGUAAAGAGAUUUACAAGGUUUUUUAUUCAAGAAGAUCAUUCAUGUUUCCUGAUAAGCAACUUCUGGUUCAUAAAGAUUGGAAGAGUGAAGUUUCCCUUUUAGAUAAGCAUUUUGCUCACGGAAAAUCUUAUAUUGUUGGUAAUUUUAAUAGUGAUGAUCAUUGGUAUUUGUAUGUUGGUGGAUAUGAAGAUCAUGUCAAUCCUCAUAUUCAAGCUAAUGAUCAAACGUUUGAAAUCUUAAUGACUGAAUUGAACCCUGAAUGUGCUCAUAAGUUUGUAACUUCAAGAAAGCCAGGCGUUGAAUCCUUGAUUAAAGAUGUAGUUGAUGAGCAUGACUUGGGCCAUGAUAUUGGAUUAGAAACAAUGGUUGAAACAAGCUUGGAUGAGGUUUUUGAACCUACAAGAAACUUCACCUCUCAUUUGCCUUCUCCUUCUUUAUCCGGUAUUUCCGAAUGUGAAGAGGAAAUUCAAGUAGUUAAACAACCAACCAAGUUUGAAUUCAUUCAUGAUGCCUUUUCAUUCACACCUUGUGGAUAUUCAUCCAAUUCAAUCUGUUCAAAUGUUCCUGGAGGUUAUUAUUAUACUUUGCAUAUCACACCAGAGUCAGGAUGGAGUUAUGCAUCGUUUGAAACAAACUAUCCAUUUUCGGAUAAAUCUCCAGUAGAUAUCAUGACGGUCAUUACCAGAAUCUUGAACAUUUUUGAGCCAAGAAAAUUUUCAAUGACAUUAAUCAACGAUUUAUUGAAUGAUAAUUCAAGUUUAUUCAUGUUAAAGAAUAGUGAUUUGAUGUUGAAGGAUUUGGGGUAUAAGAAACAAGAAAGAGUUUUGUAUGAUUUGAAAAAUGAAUAUAGUUUAUUAUAUUUAAAAUUCGAAAAGACCUAACCUUUUCUUGUUUCUUUUUUUUUUUGUUUGUAUUUGUUCGUAUAUAGCUAGUCAAUUAUAUGUUUAAAGUACAGUUUUUUUUGUGAACUUUGUAGGUGUGAUUGAUGGUUAUAAUGAGCAUGGAAACUAUUCUUUGAAAAUUUGCUUAAUAUUUCCAUAAAAUCAUACAAAAUCUACUAAAAUUGAGACAAUAAUAUUUGACAGGAAAAAGUUUGUCCAACGUACAGCAACGUGCAUAUUUCCACUUCACCAAAUUGAAUAAUAUGAGCGUUGUUUGUUAUGCUCCAUUUCUCUACGUCAACUCUACUAGUUUGAUUCACCUUGGGUGCGAAUUAGUAUUUUAGGUUGCAAACUAUCACGUGCACUCAUCACUUUCGGGAAUUAGAAAUCCAUGUUUUCCAAAGAUGUCCGGGCAAAUCAAAAAAAAUA